UCUCGUUACGUCCCCAGCAAAAGACAGACGAAAGAAGACAGAUUGUAUGGAAAUGGCCGACGCAAUGGAAGUCGAUACACCACCCAAGGUCGAGGGCGGCGAAGCCCCGGCGGCCGCGGUGGCAAAGAAACCCGCAAAGAAGAGGUUCGAGGUCAAGAAAAGGCAAUGCGUCGCCCUAUGGGGCUGGGACCUCGUCGUCGACAACUGCGCAAUCUGCCGUAACCACACCAUGGAUUUGUGUAUCGAAUGUCAGGCGAAUCAGAGUUCGGCGGCGAGUGAGGAGUGUACUGUCGCGUGGGGUGUGUGUAAUCAUGCGUUCCAUUUCCAUUGUAUUUCGAGGUGGUUGAAGACGAGACAGGUGUGUCCGUUGGAUAAUAGGGAGUGGGAGUGGCAGAAGUAUGGUCGUUGAGCGGGCAUAACGACCCGCUCCUACGGGUGUCG